AAUUUGUAUAACUUUUAUCAAAAUAUUUUUAUGGUCAAACUGCAGAUGGUAAUGCUAGAAGAUCAGGAUGGUGAUAAACAAAAACGUACAAUGCCACGACAAUAUCUCUAUGAUAUAGUUUUCGGAGAAACUUCGACACAAGAAGAAGUCUACGAAGGUACAACAAAAAAUUUAGCGCAGGAUGUUCUAAAUGGUUAUAAUGCAACUGUGUUUGCGUAUGGUGCAACAGGCUCAGGAAAAACGCACACAAUGGUAGGGACGUCAUCAAGUCCUGGGAUUAUGGUGCGUGCUCUAAAUGAUAUCUUCCUAGCGACCAAAAAAUUAUCGGAGAACAUAGACUUCACUGUAAGUUUCUUGAAAAAAAGUAUAUUUUUCAAAUCAUUUUUCUCCUGAUUUUUAGCUUCUUUACUUUAUAUGAGACAUUUAUCGGAACAUAAUUUUUUUAUUAUUUUUUUAAUUA